GGUAAGUCGCUUGUGCCACAAUCAAUUUUCCGAACCCUGAAAGCGAGGCUCGAAUGCCAAUUAAUUUCGUGUCUCCCAGAAUCAGGCGCAUUGAGUUCGACUAGCCAUCGAAUUCGAAGCUAACCUUGUUUUUUUCGAGAAUGACUUCGACGAAAAUUUCACGUUUGGUUCUUUGUUCACGACUUUCACCUCGAUCGAUAUCGAUGACUGCGCUCGAUCUGCAUAAUUCACUUUUCACAUCUGACAAACGAUUCGUCAAUGCCAAUGUCAGUGCUACGCCUACGCCCACCCCAAUGACACGCCCACGUCCACGUAUUCUUUCACUCACCACAGUCCAAGAACACGAUCCAACAUCCCCAACCUUUAACUCCCCCACAUUCCACGACCUACUCUCCAGGCAACCACUUCAUCCAGACGGUCCACGACACUGGGACCUUGGUCUUGACCUCACAGGAGACCCACUAACAGCCGCAGAAUGCAAGAGCCUCAAAGGCCGCAUCACAAAAUCAAAACUCCGUCGCUUGCAGUGGAUCUCUGUAGUUUUUGAAGUCGUACUUGGUUUAUGGUCGAUUUAUUGCACGAUCCGCUAUUCCCUUGCGUUUCAAACGUCCUUUAAGAGCUCUGUACGCACGCUUGCGCUCGUGUCGUGUGUUGCUUCUGGGAUUAGUGUCGCGGGGGUGGUGGUGACGCUGUUUAUGCCGCUUCUUCCGAAAAAUGGAUUCGUUCGUGCUGCGAGGAUGAUCUCAAGGGGGUGCUUUGUUGUAUUGAUAUUUGCGACGGCGAUCGCGAAUCUUGUGUUUGUUUUGAUAUGGCGCCCUGUGGAUAGAUGUGGUUGGGAUUUGGAUGUUUCGUGGUCUAGUUCUCUUACCGUGGAUUCAUCGUCACCGCACUGUCGCACAGCAAGUCUUGCAGCUUGGACGAUCAUUGCGUCUUUGCGGGUUAUUGCUACUUUGAUCAUGAUUCUGUUGUACCUGUAUUUCCUCAGAGCAUAUUUCGAAGCGAGGCAUCCUUCGAGAUAUGCAAGAGGGAUGUACUACCCUCCAUUAAUGGCCUCGGAAGAUGUUGUGCACUCGCCUGUAUCCACCAUCGACUCGCCUGUAUCUACCAUCGACCCUUCGUCGUCAAGAACGCAUUUCAACAAGUUAAUACCUUCCCAAGCUGCACUCGGACGGUCUAGCUCCACGCUAGCGCUCACUAAUUCGAGCAUCACUCUCGCACCCUCCCUAUCACCCUCCCACUCCCAAAACACGCCAGCCACAUCAUCCAACCCCGCAUCUCCAACCUCCAACCCGAUAUGGCGAAAUUGGACAAAUUUGCGGCUAUCAAUAAAAGACCGUCGAGCGAACUAUCAAAGGCACAAUAGUCUUUCCGACACACCCACACCCCGCACGCUCCGCCGGCAGAACCGUAUCUCGAGUGAACAUAUCUUGCGGAAUGCGGACACGUUGCCCGGUGCCUGGGAUCCUGAGGAAUGCACGGAAGUAUACGCCGUUGGACUUGGUGCCUCAUCGCGGGUAGUUACAGACCUAGACCACUUUGCAUGCGUCGGCGAACUCGGAGACGCAUGUCCGAGGGUGGAGCACAGGCCUGUUUCUGUGGGUCCAUUGAUGUCGGAGUCAGGCAGCCGUGACUGCGACUCUGUGUAUUCUUACGGAUACGGGGCCUCUGAACCAGCAUACCCCUAUCUGGAAAUCUACAACCCUCCUCCUUCAAUCGCGCAAAACCACAACUAUAACCCGCCGCCGCCGGCUCACGUUAAUGGCAUUCAACCUCGAUCGUCCGCGGCAGUUACAGCGCGGGCAGAUACCAUCGAGCCCGCAUCACCCCUAACGACCAUAGAUGACUUUGAAGAAGACGAACUGAUACCCGUAAUGGGCGGUUUCGUACGGCGGAUGGCUACCAUUGAGUCAUUCGGGUCUCGAGAAGCCGCGUUGUCGAUGGCUCGCUCCCGCUUCUCGAGGAUUUCAGAAACACCUGCAUCUCCGCGUUCGUCUCUUGGGUGGACGCCGUCCAUAGCGUCUACAUUGAGCAAGAACGCCUCGCUUGGCACCGCUUAUUAUUCUGUGUCGAGUGAUUUGGGGAUGGGGGGUUCUAGUAUCAAAGUGAAUGAGCGGGGGGAACUGGAGACGAAUAUGACAAGCCCGCCUUCGUACAGUCGAUAUCAUUAUACCCGAGAUGCCAACCGCACUACAUUAUCAGUACCAUCCUAGAGCACAUGCUGAUAGGCACAACAUCAAUAGCACAAACCGGAUUAUCAUUAUCUCACUCUCACUCUCACUCUGUCACGGACCUACCAUCUCAUCUCAUCUACAUACCAACAGGACGAAUAUAAAAUGGCGGUCUCGACGAUAAGAUUAAAUCUGUUCACCUAUUUUUGACUCCUGUGUACAAUUUAUCCUACAACAAUUGAUAUUGAUGGAGCAGUGGACAAGAGUGGAAAAAAUGGAUCAUGUAUGGAGCGCCCUGAACGAAAUCACGAGCACGAGGCAUAGAUAGGCUAUACUGCAUUCAGCCUAUGAUACCAUUCCACUCGACCGAUAUGAAACGGGACGUAGGCUCAAGAUAGUAUGCAUGAUGACAAGGAUCCGGUUCCGAUGAUGCCAUAUCAACGGUGGAUCAUCG